UCCCUGCCCAUCCAGUGUCUAAAAAAAUUAACUGGAACUAGAGCAAGUGGCUUGACUGGCUCCACUGUAGAUUAAAUGGUGCAAUCUGUGAGAAAAUGAGUGCCUGCCUUAGAAAUUGGAGCCUCACAGCCAAUCCCGGCUAUACCUGGGACUGAGAAGGCAAGAGAACUAUCAGGAAAAUAUCUCACCAGGACUGUCUCCUCAUCUGUCUUUUGGCCUUGACUUGUGAGGGGGCAGGGAGUCAAGCUUUAACAUACUUAGAUUUGGUAGUCAGUCAAAGGUAGCUUCCUGGGGGAAGGAGUACCUACCAUUGACCAGGGGUGAGCAACUGGAGGAUAAUUUGGGGGGUUUAUUUCUCCCACAUAAUGAGAAUUGCAUUGGCAACUCAAAGGUGUUCAGGCUGAGGUUUCCUGGACUUCUGUUCAUGGCCACCUUAUAACCCCAAGGUGACCUACCAGAACCCCAGCCAGUCAAGAAGAAGGGGAAGGGACCUGCAGCCUAUUUCAUCAUCAGCCUUUUAAGGAGCAUGCUGGAUGGCCCACUCAACAACCCCUGCUUACAUCUUAUUAGUCAGAAGUGUAUCACAUGACUGUCAUAGCUGCAAAAGAGUCUGGGAAAUGUUUUAGCUUGACAAAUCCAUCUACCUCAAAUCAGAUUCUUUCUACCCUGACAGAAUAACCCCUCUCUUGCAACCUUUUCUCUUCAGGAACAGACACAACCAUCUCCCAAGCUACCAAAAAGCCUGCUUGCAGCACAGGCUCCAUGGCUUCAAGGAGACCCUCCCAAAACAUUUCACAAAGUCCGGCCACUCAGGUCAAAGAUCUGACACCCUCCUUCGCUCACUACAAUAACGAAACCACAUCCCAGAUGAGGGCAAGAUAAGGCAGAGGUGCAGCAAGACACAGGAUGGCAUACAAGGAGGUCUGGGCGCUUGCAACGUACCCCAAGAAGACCUCUUUCGCGUACACUUGCUGGCACGGCCCUGACCCCGCGCUCACCUGGGGGCAGGGGGCCUGAGGGAGGGCUGCCGCGCAUGCGUGCUCCUUCUCCCCGCCCCGCCCCCGGCUCCCACCCCGUCGCCGGGGCUGGGUGGGAGCCUCUCCUAUCCUGUCAGUCCUGUCAGAGCUGCGGCAGGUUCGGGUCCGAGCGCAACCACCUAUCCCAGGACGGAGGGCCUGCUGUCCACAUCUCUUCCCUGAGCUGCCCACUGGGGGAAUGGCGCUGCCAAGAAAACCUAGCACAUUUGAUCUGGGCCUGGGCACGUGGAGCCCUAGCUCCCGGAAGGACAGCCACAAGGCUCGGGCACCCUCCAGUAGCAUUGGCAAGCAGCUGCCCGAGUACAAGGCAGUGGUGGUGGGUGCAAGUGGUGUAGGCAAGAGCGCACUGACCAUUCAGCUGAACCACCAGUGCUUCGUGGAAGACCACGACCCCACGAUCCAAGAUUCUUACUGGAAGGAGGUGGCCCUGGGCCAUGGGGGCUGCAUUCUGAAUGUGCUAGACACCGCAGGGCAGGCCACUCAUAGGGCCCUGCGUGACCAGUGCUUGGCUGUUGGGGAUGGUGUGCUGGGUGUCUUUGCCCUGGAUGACCCGUCGUCUCUCACCCAGCUGCAGCAGAUGCGGGCCACAUGGGGCCCUCACCACACCCAGCCUCUUGUCCUUGUGGGCAACAAGUGUGACCUUGUGACCAGCACUGGAGAUGCUCACGCUGCUGCUAUAGCCCUCGCAAAGAGCUGGGGGGCUCCCUUCGUGGAGACCUCAGCCAAGACACGACAAGGUGUAGAGGAGGCCUUCACCCUGCUUAUCCAUGAAAUUCAAAGGGUCCGGGAGGCCAUGGCAAAGGAGGCCAUGGCAGGGCCAGGAGGGGAUAAGGCCCGGCACCAGAAGACCAUGUGCCACUGUGGCUGCUGCAUAGCCUGAAGAGUGUUGGUCAAGAAAAGUAGACCCUCUUCCAGGCCAGGGUGAUAGUUCCUUGACAUGAGACCCCCAGAGCAACUAGCUGAAUGGGACACUGUUGGUGUACUAGGAAUAGGUGGACCCUCCCUCUCUUGGGGAGGUUUUCAUUCGGUGAUAGGCUUUUGGUAAUGUGGGCCAUAGUGUUGAUUAUAUUAGGGCAACCUGGAAGAUUUUGUGCAGAGGUAAA